CGAGCGGCAAUCACGACAUUGCUUACUAGUUGUAACUAGUUAUACAUGGUGUGGCUGAUUGGGGCACACGGACGGACGGAGCCCGUCGCGGCGGCAUUCGCUCCGGCCGGGGGGAGCGCCCGAGAUCGGUGCGGGCGAACCCCGACGAAAAGCGGGGCCGACGCGGAGAUGCUCCGUCACGCCUACUGGCGUGGUAUUCGGGGCAGCCGUAUAAGUCAGUCAGUCGGCUUAUGGUCGCAGCCAGGAACAGACUUCAUAAACUGCGAUUGAGGCACAUCAGAAACAACAGCGUCAAGCAGCUCGACCUAUAUCCGCAUGAAUUAAUCAGGAGCCGCCGGGCCACUCCAUGUCGAACCCAAUGUUUCGACUCGACGGCAAAGUCGCCCUCGUCAUCGGCCUCGGGCAGUCGGGCUCCUCCCCAUCCUCCUCCUCCUCCUCCUCUGAUGGCGAGGGCUGGGGCAUCGGGGCCGCGUGCGCCGUCUCCCUCGCCCGCCAGGGCGCCACCAUCUUCGGCGGCAACCGCACGCUCGCCUCGGCGCGGCGCACCGUCGAGGCCGUCGAGGCCGUCUCCUCCUCCGGGCGGGCGUGCGUCGUGGUCGAGACGGACGCCACGAGCUCGGCGUCGGUCAAGGCGCUCGUCGACGCGUGCCUCGCGCGGCACGGGCGCAUCGACAUCCUCGUCGCCAACGUCGGGCAGUCGCAGCCCGGGACAGCGGCGACCAUGGCGGAGGAGGUGUGGGAGGCGCAGAUGCAGGUCAACCUGACGAGCGCGUAUCUUGCGUUGCACCACGCGCUGCCCGUGAUGGAGCAGGCCCAGCGCACGGGACGCGAUAGCGGCGAUAGCAAAGGCAGCGGCGGAGGCGGAGGAGGCUCCAUCAUCUGCGUGUCGAGCAUCGCCGGCCUGCGACACAUCGGCAAGGACCAGAUCGCGUACAACACGGCCAAGGCGGCGCUGCUGCAGCUGGUGCGCGCGACGGCCGUGUCGUACGCGGGCCGCGGGGUGCGCGUCAACGCCGUGGUGCCGGGCCUCAUGGACACGCCGUACACGCGCGCGCUGGCGGAUCGCUUCGCCGCCGUCAAGGAGGAGGGCGGCAGCUACGAGGCGUUUUGCAGGACGCGCGACGCGCAGGUCCCCAUGGGGAGGAUGGGCGACGCCUGGGACGUGGCCUGUGCGGUCGUGUUCCUGGCGUCGGACGAGGCGCGGUAUGUGACGGGGCAGAAGAUUGUUGUCGAUGGUGGCAUCACGUGCUCGACGGGGAGGACUUGA